AUCGUCUUCAAAAGACCUUCCCAACUUCAGUACCCGUCAUCGCCAUUUUUAGCUUCCUAAACCAUAAACUCAAAAACCACCAUGGAUCGUCUCCUAUACCAGACUGUCCUAAAAGGCGACCAUGUUACCUUCCUCAAACUCAUUCAAGAAAACGAAACCCUAAUCAAACAGACCGUGGUUGGAUCAUCGAACACCGUGUUACACUUAGCAGCUCGGUUUGGGCACCUGGAACUGGUGUUGGAGAUAUUGAAAGUGUGCCCAAAUAUGGUUGUGGCGGAAAACAGUGACUUAGAGACACCAUUGCAUGAAGCAUGCAGAGAAGGGGAAGUUGAGGUGAUAAAGGUGUUAAUGGCGGCGGAUGAAGGGGUGGUCGGAAAAGUGAACUGCAGAGGUGAGAGUGUGCUGUUUGUAGCGUGUGAGAGAGGGAAGUUACAGGUGGUGAGGCAUCUGAUAGAGUUUCAAUGGCUUCUUAUGCAUGAACUUGAUGCGUUUAUGUGUUCUAUACACGUUGCUGCUGCCGGUGGACACACAGAAAUAGUCAAGGAGAUAUUGAAGGUGCGUCCAGAGUUUGCAAGAAAGUAUAAUUCAGAAGGAUACUCAGCGUUGCAUCUAGCUUGUAGCAGAGGGCAGUUAGACACAACAAGGGAGCUUCUUUGGUCAGAUCCCGAUCUUUUGUACCUCCGAGAUCACAAUGGUUGGACACCCUUACAUUGGGCAUCAAUGAAAGGUCGAGUUGGAAUUAUUGGCGAAAUCAUCUCAAUAAACCUUGAAUCUGUCGAGAUGGUUACUAACCAUGGUGAAACUGUUCUUCAUCUUGCCGUGAAGUAUAACCAGUUUGAUGGUUUAAGACAUCUAAUGGAAACACUUAACAUCACAAAACUUGUAAAUGUACAAGACAAUGAUGGCAACACCGUGUUACAUGUGGCAACAGCCGGGAAACUCAAUACGAUGGUGACAUAUCUACUUAAACGCGGUGUGGAUGUAAACGCUAUCAAUCAAAAAGGGUAUACAGCGCUAGAUGUUGUUGAAUCAGAUGGAAGCAACUCAACUGCCCUCCAAAUUAUACCAGCCCUUUUGGAAGCUGGAGCGAAAACAUGUGAACAAUUGCCCCCUACUUCUCGAGACAUCAAAGAAGUAGUUCAUCGCAAUUUAAUCACACAUUCUCCACACACAAGAACAAUAGACUCCCCAACCCAACGUCAUCGCUAUAGAAAGCAAUCUCACCGAAGAUCAAACCAAAUCGAGCUUCAAAAUGAGGGCCUACGAAACGCAAGAAAUACUAUCACCAUUGUUGCUGUUCUGAUAGCAACUGUCACGUUUUCAGCGGGAAUAAACCCUCCGGGAGGAUUCAGUCAAGAGACAGGGAAGGCUAAAAUGGGAAACAAAAAAUCAUUUAAAGUGUUUGUGUUGUGCAACAUUCUGGCAUUGUUUCUAUCCCUGGGCAUUGUUAAUGUUCUUGUUAGUGUCAUUCCGUUUAGGAGGAAAUCAAUGAUGAACUUAUUGGUAGCCACACAUAAAAUCAUGUGGGUGUCGACUAUGUUCAUGGCAUCAGCUUUUAUAGCAGCGACAUGGACCAUUUUACCACAAGGUCAAGGCUCAAGAUGGUUGAUGAUUGAAUUGAUGUUGGUUGGGGUAGGUUGUACACUGGUCGUGCUUCUAGGGUUGGGUAUUUUGUUGGGAAAACAAUGGUCGAGGAAAAAAGAAUGGCGAAGACGAAAGGAAAGGAAAAUGAAGGAUGGUACGCCUAAUAGUAGUGUUAAUAGUCGUAUAGGAGAAAUGCGUUUUGUUAAGAAUAGUCAUAAGUCGUCUAGUAACUCAGACGUUGAUAGCUCUGAUCAUGGUUAUCAAGUUUAUUAA